AUGAGUUUGGUGGUAGUGAUUACGGAGAUAGAUAGCGGUUACGAAGGUUGGUGGGGAUUUAGGAUUUUGGAAAUGCAUUUGAUGUGGGAGUUAUUCCAUUCAACCCUGACGGUUGGCGAUUGUUGGAAAUUGCGUUCGUGGAGUGGUACAUGUUCCUUUUCUUUUCUUGUUUGUGAUUUCUGCCUCAACUUUCUUAUUGCAACAUUGUGGAAAUUGAUGCUAUGGUUGGAAACGCCACUUAAGGUUGAAUUUGAGGUGCGACGGAGGCUUACAGGAAGAAUGAGGGAUGAAGUGGAUAAUGCUAUCAAGUUAAGGAAGUUGUCACCUAAGUUUCUCGACCCCUAUGAGCUUCUUAGGCGGAUUGGACUAGUAGUUUACAAGAUAGCGUUACCACCACUCCUCCCGUGGACGCACAAGGAUUCCGCCGUUUAUGCGCUUCACACUGCGUGCUUCACACUGCGCUUUCUAUCCAGAAAAUCCAAGAAAGACAAAAGGUCUAAACCAAAGAAUGAUGUGCACAACCAGGUGACCCCUCUUCCUGAGCUAAUUGUCGAGCCAACAAAUGCAAGAUCAAUGUCCUUUGUUGGAACACACGAGUACUUGGCCCCAGAGAUCAUCAAGGGUGAAGGGCAUGGAAGUGUUGUGGACUGGUGGACAUUUGGCAUAUUCCUGUAUGAGCUUCUGUUUGGUAGAACACCAUUCAAAGGUCCUGCAAACCGUGCAACUUUGUUCAAUGUAAUUGGUGAGCCUCUAAGAUUUCCAGAAUCUCCAACCGUUAGCUUUGCUGCCAGAGAUUUGAUCAGAGGGUUGCUUGUGAAGGAGCCCUAG